ACACGUGCGAUGAGAAACUACAUUUUUCCAUCUUUCCAAAGUAUAAAUGUUUACAUUGUGGUAACCAAGGGAGACGACGACAUGCAAUGCGAUAUUUCGUCGUUUUGAAAUCCAAUAUGUCAAAGAAAGACAUAAAAGCUACUUUUCGUGGCAUAGACGAAGCAGAUGUUUGUUGCUAACAUGCGAGAUUUCUAAAUUACCAGCUUGAACGACAGGAAGACAAGUGCUAAAGAAGUAUUAAGCAAACACUAUCUUCGAUUAUAUAAACAAUUUUUUGAGCUAAACCACAUGGCUUCGGGACAAUUGGAAGGGGCAAAGGCACCGUUUUUGAAUGACUACAAACUACAGUUCCUUCAAAAAAGAUUUCCACGAACUUUAACCGGAGGCCUUCGUCUCAAAAUUGGUGCGCCAUUAUAUGUAUAUCUCUACCAGAUUCUCGUGUUUCUAUGGCCAGCGUUACUCGGUGGGAUUUUUACUGUACUGACAGAAUUUGACGUCCUUCAAGAUUACGUGUGUUGUUAUCUAUUUGGCGGGAUUUUAGGGCUGAUAGCCACUUGUAUAUAUCUGUUAAGAAUGUAUUUAUCAAAAAACCUUUAUGCUAAAGGUAGCCAAAGUAGCAGACACAACGUUUUAGCAGAUGAUGAUCAAGUAGACUUUUCAUCUUGUUGUGGUGUGGACACAUUUCUUUAUAUAUUCCCAGCAAAGGCAGCAUUUGCACUGUUGCAUGGCAUCGUCCUUGCGGUUUUAUGUAGUAUGGUAUUUCUGUGCUUGCUACCAUCUCGAUUGCAGAAUCUUGGUUAUGACACUGCCACAACUGUUGUUCUGUUAAUAUUUAACUGGUUGACAUUGUGCAUUGCAAGUCAUUCGUUAAUUAUUGAACCACCACCAGAGACUGCAAUUUUUAGGUCCUUAGACACAGUAGGACUAAAUGCAUUUAUGAGGCCUUUUUAUGUCACUGCAAUUGCUGUAGUGGGUGUCUUAGCAAGACAUUACUCCAGUUUAGAGGAAAUCAGUAAGGUUCUAUAUAUUGUCAUGGCAAUAUUACCACUCCUGUGGACCGUUGGGUUAUUGCCUCCAAUUGAUGCCUUGUUUCCUUGGCUUGGUGAACAGAUAUUGGUGUUUGCAUUGGGUGGUACAUAUAUGGCAUCAGACAGCAGAUUGUUUUUCGCAUUGCUGGUAUCCGUCAUCUCUUUGGUUCCUGCAUAUUUCAUUACCAACUACACUGCACUGAUGACUUACUCAGCCGCAAUUGGAUUCAUUCUUAGUCUGGACAUGUUCCACAUUACCAGCUUUGUUGUAAACAAUAAAACCCACAAACUUCAUCUGUCAACCAUCAUCACUAUUGGAAAGUACAGUAUUCUACUGGUCAUUACAGGCACCGUUGCUGGCAUCACCAGUCAUUUGCAUGAAGAUGCAACUGAAACUAUGUUUGACUCUUUUGGUUAUGUCUUUGUUAUGUUAUUGUUGCUGUUAAAAGUUCUUGGUGACUUGCAAUAUGUCUAUGUUUGCUCAGGACUGACCAGGAAUCCAUUCUUCAUCAACAGUGCCACUUCUGUGGAAAAACUGAAGAAAUUUCAGCAGAAAAUUGGAUACCUUGGCCACAUUUAUAAUGUGUUACUUUCCUAUAUUUGCCCAUUUAUCAUGGUCGCAUUUCUCGGAACAUUUCUCAAAUCUUCGAAAGAUCUUGGUUCGUUUGCAACGGCAUUGGGAACAAUACGAGCUCUGAGAUGGGUUUGGCAGAAUACUUUCAAAUCUCUACUGGAGGUAACAGUAUGUUGUGUGAUUUACUGGAUUGACAUCGGAAGCUCAUGGUGGAACGAUUUAGGUCUUGGCUUGCAACUUAUGGUCAUCGGAAUCAUGACGGACCGGCUCCAUGAACUAAUCACAAAGAUAAAAUUCAUGUUCACGUUAUUCAUCACGUCGUGGACUGAAGCAAAACAACGACAUUCUGCAACAUUACCAACUUUAAUAACAUCGCUUUUGUUUUUCCCGCUAGUUCUGUCAAUUGUAGUCAUUUCGGUCGCUCUAUCAGCUCCGUUGACUCCCAUAUUCUGUUUUCCAAUAUUCUUCGUCGGAUUUCCUCGUCCCAAACGUAUGUGGCCGUCUUUGACAGCGCAGAGCUCAACCGGUAGCGAAGGCUGUGUAUUUUACCAACAACUCGUACCAAAAAUCUGCUCUGAGCUACAAAGCACGAUCGCAAGCGGGAAUCUCGUUACAAAAAGCGAUUAUCUGAUGGUCCGUUACCAAGACAGACUGAUUGUCUUGCAUAUUCUAGAAAAAGGUUAUAGAUACUGUACUUUAAUAGCACGGGGUCUUGAACUGCAGGAGACCUCGUGCCAUACUGUGGAAGCGGCCAGAGUUGAUGAUAUUUUCGAGGAUGUUUUCACCAAGGAAACAAAAACACCAUUUGGGUUGAACUCGUAUCCAUUGCAUACACUAACGCCUCUAAACUGUCUGGUUGUCGAGACUUAUUCAGAUGCUCACAAUGUCCUCACCGGAAUAAUAGACCAGCCGGAGAAUAUUGAAAGGCAGUCCAGCAAUUUCAUAAAAUGUUUGGUUUGGGUUCUGUUGAAAGAGUUGAGCAGAAAUGAGAGAAGCUCUAAGGAUACCGUAGAAAAUCCUGUCGCCUCUGUGGAAAAGCCUGAAGUAAUGGAUUCAAGUGAUGUUGUAAAUCUUCAAGAAGAUAAUAUGGUUGUACAGAAUAAAGAAACCACCUUGUAUGAGGAUUUCCACAGCGAGAAUGUGAAACUUGCCCUUACUAAAGACAAGAAGAGCUCAAAGCCAUCAAAGAUUCUCCUAGACACAGAUUGGUCAGAUAAAGAAUGGUCUGCAAGCGAAUCAAGCGAAGAUGAAGACCAGGACAAAACUAAACCUUUACCCUCCUCAGGGGAAAACCCUCUGGUAAUGUUUGGCCUGCCCGCUCAAGAUAUCGGAAGUCAAACAAGACUUAAUGAUAGUAACCCUCAGAAAUCAGGGAGCGUGUUCCCAAGUAGGAAAAUCACACCUAUAGCCAUGGAGACCAGGGUGGAGGAUGCCCCAUGGGGAGGAGGGGGUAGUGCUGGGGAAGGCAGCGGGCAGCUGUCAAGUUGGAAAAACUUGUUGCAACCAUGCAGCAGGUAUCAAGCACAAGUGCAUUCAGAAUUUCCUGAGGAAUGGUUCAGGUUUGUGAUCAGUAGGAUAAUAAACACAGGCAAUGAAACUGACGCCAAAAACCUCGACGAAGUCAAGACUAGCAUGUUCAGAGACUUGAUCAUGUAUUGUUACGCGGUGAUUAAUGUCUGUGGUUUGCACGGCAGUGUAGUGGAAGCAGGACCUUCACGUAUAACCAAAGUUUUCCAGGAUCGUAUUCCAUGGUCACCGGAGCUGGAUCUGUUGGAGGAAGAUAGUGAAUUAAAGGAAAUCGUUUUGAGAGCUUAUAGGUACGCGUUCAAACUAACCUACGACGAGGCGGUCCUCGGCCCGUUCGACGAUCACGAUGAACUACGUGAGACAUUGAAUGAUUACGACGAAAACUGGUUCAUUGGAGUUGAAAAUAAACCUGGAUGGAACGAAGCGAUAUUAGAAGAAAAAUCAAACCUAUUUACCAUAGGUUAUGACACCGAUCAGGGCACGUAUACAAGUCAUUUGCUUACGAAGCAGGAACUGGCCUUGUACACUGGAACGUUAAACAGCGAAGCCGUGAACGGACAGUGGUCCUCUCUAGCAUUUGAACUACUUUAUUUAACAAACGAUGACGAGGAACGAUACAGUAUCCAAGCUCAUCCGGUAUUGUUGCGAAACCUCACGAUGCAAGCCGCUGAUCCACCGUUAGGCUAUGCCGUGUAUUCGUCUGGACCUGUGCAUCUUUCAUACGGUUUGAUAUAGGUUGAUGUAAACAUGGUUUGAUUCAGGAUGAGUGUUAUUCACGUGAGGUUAAUUAGAUUCAGAAGUCCGGCUCUAUUCCACUGAUCUCUGUAAUAUACAUGGACACUAACCUCGCGCCAUUGGACUGUAAAACAUUUCGUCUUCAAAAGUAAUUUAUUUAUAAAGUUUUUAAAGAAUUACAUUGGUAAUUGGAAUUAGAUUCGAUUUCAAUAGACUUUGGAAAAAGAAAAAGCUUUGUGAAUAAAUUCAUCAUUAAAAUUAUCAAAA